AUGGGCUCAUCCAGCAAUGCCAAUACUACCGCAAGCGACCUGAAAACCUUCCCGAGCACAAUAAAGGAGACAGUCGCCAACAUGUCUGCUGGGAAGAUGGCUUCGGAUGCUGCCUCGGUGGCACAAGACCAAGUCCGAUCAAGGCCAUCAGGCCAAUAUACCACUCUUGAAAGUCCUGAAGAUUCAAGCUCAGGCUUAUCUUCUGUUGAGAGUGAACCCUUAAGUUCAGUCCCCGAUAUACAUUUCCCGAGUCUGAAUCUUGGUGAUAUUUGGCGCCAUGGCUCCUUUGACGCCGACGAAACUGGUUUAUCAUCAGUCACUUCCGGCCCAUCAACUAAUAAACGAUCAUUUCAAGCGAUACACAGCUACCCUGAGAGCCAGGUGUCUGAUGAUGGUAGAAUGGCGAAAAGACCGGCUCUAUCUCCUGGUAAUGUCUAUCCUACAGAUUACGCUACACCCAGCAGCCGUUCAUCACUCUUAUCCAAUAUUCAAGUCGCAGCUCGGCCGACUCCAGAAAUCUCCUCAUCUCUAAGAGACGAUCGCAUACAGUCGGCGCCGAAAGCCCCCACACCAAAGACGAAGAAGUUCUCCAAGGUUACCAGACUGACGACUAAUGCUCGACCAAGAUCAUCAAUCCCUGUCAACAUGUCUUGGGAAGAAUAUGGAAGACAGUGCAUCUCGGCAGCCCAUUCGUCUCGCCUCAACCCGUAUGCUCUCCACCCAGGAGAGUAUAGGCUCUUGCGAGACCACAUCACGCAAGCUCAAGUCACCACAUACCUAAACAUUCGCAAUGGUAUCCUCCGCCUUUGGGUACGAAACCCCUUAGUCAGCGUCUCCAAGGAGGAAGCAGCUGGAUGCGCAAAAGAUAUACGAUUCUUUGACUUGGCACAUACGUCGUACCGAUGGUUGACCAGAAAUGGCUACAUCAACUUCGGCUGCGUCGAGGUGCCUCACGCAGGUGUUCUCAAUCCCAAGCGCAAAUCAACACCGAAACAGAGGACUAUCGUGGUUGUGGGUGCUGGUAUGGCAGGUCUCGGCUGCGCGAGACAGCUCGAAGGUUUGUUCGCCCAACUCGGUGAUCACUGGACCGAUGUUGGAGAGCUGCCUCCCAAAGUUGUCGUUCUCGAGGGAAGGAACCGAGUCGGCGGUCGCGUCUACUCGCAUCCACUGCGCGAGCAGGUGCCCGAUAGCUUGCCAAACGGCUUGCGGAAUACUGCCGAGAUGGGUGCUCAGAUCAUCACAGGAUUCAAUCAUGGGAACCCUCUGAACGCAAUCGUCCGUGGUCAGCUUGCCCUUCGCUAUCACCUCAUGUGGGAUGAGAUCACAAUGUACGAUUCCGAUGGGCUCGCAGUCAACCACGAACGUGACAUGAUGGUCAACAAAAUACAUAACGACCUCCUGGAGCGCGCCAGUGACUUCCGCGUCAGAUCGACCCCUGUUGAGACACUAGAAGGUCUGCCGGAUUUUGUCGAAGUCUGUCAAGACCCAAUCGAAAUUAAGACAGAAAAGGCCAAUGCCCCUACCCUGAACAAAGAGAGACAGGCUGUGCCUCCUGGCUUCGCCAAACUCCAAGGAAGAACCCAAGUCGUUGCUGGUAACAGCUCAAGUCGAACAGCGGCACAAGCUGUGCGAUCUGCUGGUUGGCAGUUAAGACCUGGCAUAACAAAGAGACAUUCUCUCGCUCUCGACGCUAUAGCUACAGAGUCCGACAAGCCAACACUAGGUGCAACCAUGGAUGAGGCCAUUCGUCAGUAUCAGGAAAUCGUCGAACUGACGCCUCAAGACAUGCGCUUGCUCAACUGGCAUUACGCUGACUUGGAGUACGCAAAUUCUGCCACUGUGUCCAAUUUGAGCCUGGGCGGUCACGAUCAAGACAGUGGCAACGAGUUCGAAGGCCGGCAUUCUGAAGUGGUAGGUGGAUACAUCCAAGUGCCUCGAGGACUGAUGAUGCUACCCUAUCCACUUGACGUACGCUUUGGAUCGGUCGUAGAAAGAAUCACCUACAACGCCAGCGACGAUGACGCAAAUAGCACAGCGACUGUGACGAUCACGACUGGAGAGACUUUUGAGGCCGAUCAGGUCAUCUUAACGUCUCCACUUGGUGUCCUUAAAGCCGAUACCAUCUCUUUCGAGCCAGCUCUGCCGGACUGGAAGAAGGGAGCCAUAGGACGUAUGGGGUUCGGACUUCUCAACAAGGUUGUCAUGGUUUUUGAACACGCGUUCUGGGACAGUCAAUACGACAUGUUCGGUUUCCUCAACGAUGCUGAGAAUAAGAACAGUCUCAAUCCCGAUGAUUACGCCACUCGACGCGGCCGCUUUUACAUGAUGUGGAACUGCGAGAAAAACAGCGGCCGACCAGUCCUGAGUGCCCUUAUGUCUGGCCGAGCAGCCCAUGAGGUGGAAACCACAGACAACGAUACAUUACUUCAAGAGGCUUUGGCAAAGCUGAGGCGUACAUUCGGAACUGAGAACGUUCCUGCCCCGGUCGAAGUUAUUGUCACGCGGUGGAAAAAAGAUCCUUUUGCGAGAGGUACAUACUCUUUCGUCGGGCCUGCCACCAGUCCAUUAGACUACGACAUCAUGGCGGCGCCUGUAGGCAACCUCCAUUUCGCCGGAGAAGCCACAUGUGGCACCCAUCCCGCUACUGUCCAUGGCGCAUAUCUGUCGGGACUUCGAGCAGCUGCUGAUGUCGUUGACACGAUGAUUGGUCAAAUGGCCGUCCCCGAGCCGCUGGUACUGCCUCGACAACACAUUCCUGUCACAGCUCAUGGAGACACAUCUGAUCUAGCUUCCACGGAGUCACCGUCGGGACAAGCCUUCAUGAGCACACCUCUUGGCACCGUAAAGCGUGUCGGUAGACCUCCGGGCAGGCCACCAGGCAGACCACCAGGCAGACCUAAGAAAGUGAUCGAACCGCCACAAACUCUCCCUGCCGUGGUUCCGAACCCAGUCGCACCGCAAAAUCCCUACAGAUCAUCGAUCAACAGCAAGUCUGUUGAAGACGAAGCCUACGAGGCCGCCAUCAUUGAUGCUAUUCUUUCCAAGCUUGGCCCUCGCCCUCUGAAGCCUGCAAGACCUGGCGCAAGUGUUAAUCCGUACCUCUUGUUCACGAACGACGCCUGGGCACGGUGCAAAGAGGAACUGAGUCAAGCGAAACAGAAAGCAAGCGGCGACAGCGAAGCUAAAGCUCUGCGUGAGGAAAUCCGCACAGAGGUCGGUCGCCAAUGGCGAAUGUCGAGUGAUGAGCUCAAGCGACCGUAUAUUGAACAAACACAAGCGGCGCAGCAAGCAGUCAAGGAAACGCGUGCACAAUACGAAAAGGCAGCGGCAGAGUGGGAUCAAGAUGCUCGACAAGUCAGGCUUGAUUACCAGAAGGCACACCCUCCCACCAAUGGCAAUGAGUGGACGGGCAGCACCAGUAUUGAGAUUGCUCCACUAGCUCCUCCCCGACGCAAGCAGACCAUCAACUACACGGAGUCUGACGGCGAGUGA